AUGAAUACUAUCUUCGCCAACAAAGGCGGGGGAAAGCUCGGGGGCCGACCUACCAUUAUCCCCAAUGAGAAUACUGCCCCUUGUAACGAGACCAUGCUUGCACUCCGCUGGUAUGGCGAUAGGGAUGUCCGUCUUGAGGAAGUCCCUGCACCCACCAUAACUGAGCCUGCCGAUGUUGUCGUGAAAGUUACCGGCACUACAGUAUGUGGUAGUGAUCUGCAUCUGUACCACAAGGAGAUAAUGCAGUUGCAGAAAGGUGAAAUCUUGGGGCAUGAGUUCAUGGGAAUAGCCGAUGAGGUCGGGCCCGGAGUCACAUCGAUCAAGAAAGGUGACCGAGUGGUUGCGAGUUUCCAAAUCGCCUGUGGCAAUUGCCAAUUCUGCAAAGAAAGCCUCACCAGCAUGUGCGAGCGCACGAAUUCGUCUGCAUUGCAGGAAAGGCUCUACGGAAAACCCUUCGCUGGGUUAUCUGGCUACUCUCACUUCGGGGGCGGCUCCGCUGGCGGCCAAGCCGAGUAUGUUCGCGUACCCUUCGGCGACUUUAAUCUUCUCAAGAUUCCCGACUCUGUCCCUAAUGAGAAGGCAUUGUAUCUCAGCGACAUCGUUCCAACCGCCUACCACGCCACUGUUUGCGCCGACGUCGAAAAAGGCAAGAGCGUCGCGGUCUGGGGUCUCGGGCCUGUCGGCUUGCUAGCAUGCAAUUGGAGCAAGCUCGAGGGUGCGAGACGCGUUAUUGCCAUCGACCAGGUACCGGAGCGCCUUGCUCUCGCCAGAGGCAUGGGCUGCGAUACCAUCGACUGCUCUGAGCAAAAUGACGUCGUCGGUGCAAUCUAUGAACUCGAGCCGCAAGGUGUUGACUGCUGUAUUAUUGCCGCUGCUUUCAGGAAUACGAAACCGCCGGGACAAAGUGCUGAGCGCCGCUUUGAUCUAGAGACAGACAGCAGCGAGAUACCCAACGAGGCCCUCCGUGUAGUGCGUAAAUUCGGAACGAUCGCGAUUGUAGCAGACGACGCUACAAUGACCAACCAGUUCCUCACCGGAACUUUGAUGGAAAAAGGUGUCACGUACCGUGGUUGCGGACAAGCUCCCGUACAGAAGUAUUGGCACCAGCUACUGGAGAAGAUCAAGAGUGGCGAAUUCGAUCCCACUAUUGUCCUAACCCAUAGAUUUUCGAUGGAGCAAUUCAGCGACCUGUACAAGGCAUUCGAUAAGAAGAAGUAUGGAAUAAUAAAGACGUAUGUGCAGACGAGGUUCUCCCCACCGCCGACGCCAGGCACUCCCUAUUGA